AGCUCUUUCGAAACAAACACAGCCAUCUCAAUUGAUCCAAAGACGCCAUCGCACUCAGACUCUCACCGUCUACUCGCCUCAUCGGAACCAGAAUUCAAGGCCCUGUUAUCGCCAGGACACCUAUCCGUAGAACCUUUACCACAAAACACCCCAUAUCCUCCAAUAUGUCUGGAAAGUAUAUCGUCGUGUUCAAGCCGAGCACCUCGGAAGACGUGAUCAACAGGCAAGCAGACGACCUCGCCGCCAACGGUGGCACGGUCCAUAGCCGCUAUGACUCUGUCUUGAAGGGAUUCUCUGCGACGAUCCCCGAUGCAUACUUGCAAUCCCUCACGGCGCUUCAAGGUGACAUCAUUGACUACAUUGAGCCCGAUGGCAUCGUCACCACCCAGUGAUAGCUUCUUUCUGAUACCAAUGACCAAGGGCGAUGUAUGUAUGUAAUGGUCAGCGAGAAGUGUUC